GUGUAUAUGUGCCGCAGUGCUUUUCCGGAACCACUGUGCUGUCUCCCGGGACAAGUGGGAGACCGAUUAUCGGGAACAUUCUUGAAGAAGGCGGAUUUCUCGCCCGUUUGUCUGGUGUAACUUGCUGAACACCUCCAACCUCUUGGCGCAGUACCGCCGGCUGCCACGCGAGGGCAGCACAGCAUGAAGAAGAAGGCGGUCCUCCCCCAGCGGAGCUGCGGAGAGGAUGGAGGCUCCGUCAGUCAGCAGUGAGUGCCACUGCUGGGGUGGUGGUCUUUGGAUUCGUUCUAAAACAAUGUGGGAGCAGAGACAACUUAAAGGCACGUCAAGCAUCCACCAAACCCGUCUGGAAAGCAUCUUGAGAAGGGUGCGAAGCUGUGAGGAUGUGAAGGUUCCCAGGUGCUGAUGGUCGGGGGUCGGGUGUAGAGAUGGACAAGCUAAUCAGAAGAAUACGGCACAGGAUGAGCUGGAAAAAAAUCAUACCUAUCUUCCUGGCCUUGUUACUGACCGGCUGUUUAACUUCAGUCUCACCACCUAAUGUCUCAGGGGCCACUUUUUCUAAGGCAGUGACUGGAUUAAAUGACCUCUAAGUUUCCUUCCUGCUGGAAAAUCCCAGGACCAGGUAACCAGUGAAGAUCUGACAACGCUGAGAAUGUUCAAAAGAAGGCAUCACAGACUCUGAAGGGAAAAGAAUUUGAAAACAUCACAAUAGCCUAUGCGUUUACUUCCAUGUUAUUUUGCAAAGGACAGAGAACCUACUACUCCAUUCAUUCAUUAUGGACUGGCCACAUUCAGACGGGCAGGGCAAGUUUCUCCUAUAUUCAAAAACAGCAAGGAUGAAAAUAACUACCUUUUACUGGGGUCCUUCAAAGUGCCUGUCACUUCGUAGAUUCUAAUUCUUUAAGAAGUUCACAGUCCAAGAGGGAUUUCAAACCAAUGGAUUACAGCUGCCUUUAACUAACUCCAAAACUGGAACUCAACACCAAGUGCGUGGUGGAGAUGGAAGGGAAUCAAACGGUCCUGCACCCUCCUCCAUCUAACAGCAAACAGGGAGAAAGGAAACCUCCCAAGGUAUUUGCAUUUGAUUAUUGCUUUUGGUCCAUGGAUGAAUCUAACACUACAAAAUAUGCUGGUCAAGAAGUGGUUUUCAAGUGCCUUGGGGAAGGAAUUCUUGAGAAAGCCUUCCAGGGGUAUAAUGCUUGCAUUUUUGCAUAUGGACAGACAGGCUCAGGAAAAUCCUUCUCCAUGAUGGGCAAUGCUGAGCAGCGAGGCCUCAUCCCAAGGCUCUGCUGUGCUUUAUUUCAAAGGAUCUCUCUGGAGCAGAAUGAGUCACAGACCUUUAAAGUGGAAGUAUCCUAUAUGGAAAUUUAUAAUGAGAAAGUCCGGGAUCUUUUAGAUCCCAAAGGGAGUAGACAGUCUCUUAAAGUUCGAGAGCAUAAAGUUUUGGGACCAUAUGUAGAUGGUUUAUCCCAACUGGCUGUCACUAGUUUUGAGGACAUUGAGUCAUUGAUGUCUGAGGGAAACAAGUCUCGGACGGUAGCUGCAACCAACAUGAAUGAAGAAAGCAGCCGCUCCCACGCUGUGUUCAACAUCGUCAUCACGCAGACACUAUACGACCUGCAGUCUGGGAACUCAGGGGAGAAGGUGAGCAAAGUGAGUUUGGUGGACCUGGCGGGCAGCGAGAGAGUGUCUAAAACCGGAGCUGCGGGAGAGCGCCUGAAGGAAGGCAGCAACAUUAACAAAUCACUUACAACCUUGGGGUUGGUUAUCUCAUCGCUGGCUGACCAGGCAGCUGGCAAGGGUAAAAACAAAUUUGUGCCUUAUCGCGACUCAGUCCUCACUUGGCUGCUUAAGGACAAUCUUGGGGGCAACAGCCAGACCUCCAUGAUCGCCACCAUCAGCCCAGCAGCAGACAACUACGAAGAGACCCUGUCCACGCUGAGAUACGCAGAUCGGGCCAAAAGGAUCGUUAACCAUGCCGUUGUGAAUGAGGAUCCCAACGCGAAGGUCAUCCGGGAACUGCGGGAGGAGGUGGAGAAGCUGAGGGAGCAGCUCUCGCAGGCUGAGGCUAUGAAGGCCCCUGAACUGAAAGAGAAGCUCGAGGAGUCUGAAAAGCUGAUAAAAGAACUAACGGUGACUUGGGAAGAAAAGCUCAGGAAAACAGAAGAAAUUGCACAGGAGAGGCAGCGGCAACUGGAAAGCAUGGGGAUUUCCCUGGAGACUUCUGGAAUCAAGGUGGGAGAUGACAAGUGCUACUUGGUUAACCUGAACGCAGACCCUGCUCUCAACGAACUUCUGGUUUAUUAUUUAAAGGACCACACCAGGGUAGGUGCCGAUACCUCUCAGGACAUCCAGCUCUUUGGGAUAGGAAUUCAGCCUGAGCACUGUGAGAUCGACAUUGGCUCUGAUGGAGAGGUCAGCCUUACGCCAAAAGAAAAUGCACGGUCCUGUGUCAAUGGCACGCUCGUGUGCAGCACCACCCAGCUGUGGCAUGGGGACAGAAUCCUGUGGGGAAACAACCACUUCUUCAGAAUUAAUUUGCCUAAGAGGAAACGGCGAGACUGGUUGAAAGAUUUUGAAAAAGAGACAGGCCCACCGGAGCACGACCUGGAUGCGGCCAGUGAAGCUUCUUCAGAGCCAGACUACAACUACGAAUUUGCCCAGAUGGAGGUUAUCAUGAAAACGCUGAAUAGUAAUGACCCAGUUCAGAACGUGGUGCAGGUCCUGGAGAAACAGUACCUGGAAGAAAAGCGGAGCGCUCUCGAGGAGCAGCGGCUCAUGUACGAGCGGGAACUGGAGCAGCUCCGCCAGCAGCUGUCCCCGGAGCGGCAGCCCCAGAGCAGCGGCCCCGACCGCCUGGCCUACAGCAGCCAGACGGCGCAGCAGAAGGUGACCCAGUGGGCCGAGGAGAGGGACGAACUCUUUCGCCAAAGCCUGGCAAAACUGCGGGAGCAGCUGGUGAAAGCCAACACCCUGGUGAGAGAGGCAAAUUUCUUAGCCGAGGAGAUGAGCAAGCUCACCGACUACCAGGUGACUCUGCAGAUCCCUGCCGCGAACCUCAGUGCCAACAGGAAGAGAGGAGCAAUAGUGAGUGAGCCAGCUAUUCAAGUGAGGAGGAAAGGAAAGAGCACCCAAGUGUGGACCAUUGAGAAGCUGGAGAAUAAAUUAAUUGAUAUGAGAGAACUUUAUCAAGAAUGGAAGGAAAAGAUUCCUGAGGCUAAGCGACUCUGUGGGAAACGAGGUGACCCCUUCUAUGAAGCCCAAGAGAAUCACAACCUGAUUGGUGUCGCUAAUGUGUUCCUGGAGUGUCUCUUCUGUGAUGUGAAGCUUCAGUAUGCAGUUCCUAUCAUCAGCCAGCAGGGGGAGGUUGCAGGGCGUCUCCACGUGGAAGUGAUGCGAGUUACAGGCGCCGUCCCGGAGCGCAUGGUGGAAGACGACUCCUCGGAGAACUCCAGUGAAAGUGGGAGCCUCGAAGUUGUAGACAGCACUGGGGAAAUCAUUCACCGAGUCAAGAAACUGACAUGCCGGGUAAAAAUUAAAGAAGCAACUGGGCUGCCCUUAAACCUCUCAAAUUUCGUCUUCUGUCAGUACACGUUCUGGGACCAGUGUGAAUCCACGGUGGCAGCCCCUGUUGUGGACCCUGAGGUGCCUUCCCCGCAGUCCAAGGAUGCCCAGUACACCGUGACCUUCUCUCACUGUAAGGACUACGUGGUGAACGUAACGGAAGAAUUCCUGGAGUUCAUCUCAGAUGGAGCACUGGCCAUCGAAGUGUGGGGCCACCGGUGUACCGGGAACGGCAGCUCCAUCUGGGAAGUCGAUUCCCUUCACGCUAAGACGAGAACACUGCAUGACAGGUGGAACGAAGUUACUCGCAGAAUAGAGAUGUGGAUCUCCAUCCUGGAGCUGAACGAGCUAGGGGAGUAUGCUGCUGUGGAGCUUCACCAGGCCAAGGACGUCAACACAGGCGGCGUCUUUCAGCUCAGACAGGGUCAUUCCCGGAGAGUCCAAGUCACAGUGAAGCCUGUCCAGCACUCCGGCACGCUGCCGCUCAUGGUCGAGGCCGUCUUGUCCAUCUCCAUCGGCUGCAUCACUGCCAGGUCCACCAAACUCCAGAGAGGGCUGGACAGCUACCAGAGAGAUGAUGAGGAUGGUGAUGAUAUGGAUAGUUAUCAGGAAGAAGACUUAAACUGCGUGAGAGAGAGGUGGUCGGAUGCCCUCAUUAAACGGCGAGAAUACCUAGACGAACAGAUUAAAAAAGUCAGCAACAAAAAAGGUACGAUCCCACCACCUGGAAUGGAAACCCACAUACCGGUUCUCUUCCUUGAUUUGAACGCGGAUGACCUCAGUGCCAAUGAGCAGCUCGUGGGCCCCCACGCAUCAGGCGUGAACUCCAUCCUCCCCAAGGAGCACGGCAGCCAGUUUUUCUACCUGCCCAUCAUAAAGCACAGUGACGAGGAGGUUUCAGCCACAGCCUCCUGGGACUCCUCAGUGCAUGACUCUGUUCACUUGAACAGGGUCACCCCACAGAAUGAGAGGAUCUACCUGAUAGUGAAGACCACAGUCCAGCUCAGCCACCCGGCAGCUAUGGAGCUGGUCUUACGAAAACGGAUUGCAGCCAACAUUUACAACAAACAGAGUUUCACCCAGAGUUUGAAGAGGAGAAUAUCACUGAAGAAUAUAUUUUAUUCCUGUGGUGUAACCUAUGAAAUAGUAUCCAACAUACCAAAGGCAACAGAGGAGAUUGAGGACCGGGAGACGCUGGCUCUCAUGGCCGCGAGGAGUGAGAACGAAGGCACGUCGGACGGGGAGACGUAUAUCGAGAAGUACACUCGAGGCGUGCUGCAGGUGGAGAACAUUCUGAGCCUGGAACGACUCCGGCAGGCGGUCACGGUCAAAGAAGCGCUUUCCACCAAAGCUCGGCACCUGCGGCGAAGCCUCAGCACGCCCAACGUUCACAAUGUCUCUUCCAGUCGACCAGACCUUUCUGGCUUUGACGAUGAUGAUAAGGGUUGGCCAGAGAGCCAGUUAGACAUGUCUGACUACAGCCCGAGUUACCAGGAUGUAUCGUGUUAUGGAACUUUGCCUAGGGAUUCACCUCGAAGGAGUAAAGAAGGUUGUACAUCAGAGAAUCCUCAUGCCUUAACAGUCAGCCCUUUCAAAGCAUUCUCUCCUCAGCCACCAAAGUUUUUCAAGCCCCUAAUGCCUGUAAAAGAGGAGCAUAAGAAAAGGAUAGCACUUGAAGCAAGGCCUCUUCUAAGCCAGGAGAGCAUGUCUCCACCUCAGGCACAUAAUCCUGGCUGCAUUGUGCCCUCGGGAAGCGAUGGCAGCCGCAUGCCAGUAGAACUCAAUAGCAAACGUGAGAAGAAGAUUGACUCUGAGGAGGAGGAAAACGACCUAGAAGGUCUCAGCCGGAAGCUGAUAAGUUCACAGCCUUAUGUACCUGUGGAGUUCGCCGACUUCAGCGUUUACAAUGCCAGCUUGGAGAACAGGGAGUGGUUUUCUUCCAAGGGCGAUCUGACGAACUCAAAGGCCCUAGAGAAGGAGGUGUCCCGCAGCCCCACCACCAGCAGCAUCACCAGCGGCUACUUCUCCCACAGUGCCUCCAACGCCACCCUGUCCGACAUGGCGGUCCCUUCCAGUGACAGCUCAGAUCAGCUGGCCCUUCCGCCGAAGGACACAGACUCCAGCGAGCAUCCCGGACCGUCCCUCGUGCAGGAUUUCAGACCAUCCUCACACAAAGAGUUGACAGAACUAGAAAGAGGCUCGGGAAAGGAAAAGAUGACCGAGGUGCCACUCAAGGGAAACAGUGCCUUAGCCAAAGGGAGCCCAUUGCCCCCCAGCAUCCCAGAGGAAAACUCCAGAACCCCCUGGAGGACCAGCUCGUGUUCAGAGCAGGAUGCCGGCUCCAGCAAACACGGCCAGCCAGCCAGGGAGUUCUGCCCCAGGGAGGUGACCGUGGAACACACCACAGACAUCCUCGAAGAUCACUCUUUCACAGAGUUUAUGGGUGUGUCAGAUGGGAAAGAUUUUGAUGGUUUGACAGAUUCUUCUGCUGGAGAACUUUCAAGUAGGAGGAACCUACCAAAUACGACAGACAGCAGGAGUGUCUCACAUGGGCCACAGGACCCUGGCCAGCUGUGUUCCUCGGCAGAGAAUGACCAGGGGAGCACCACUGCUCGGUGAGAGGCAGUGAGCACUUCUUCCGAAGGCCACAGCAUCUCUGCUCCGGUCGCGUCCCAGAGCACCAGCCCAUCUAUCAAACACGCUGCGGCCCGGCCGGACCUCACACCAGCGCGGAGAAGCCACGGCUUCCAGGGCCACCUCCUCCCCUCUCCCCUCCCGAGCCGGGAGAAGCGGCACUUUGUCACUCGGGUGACUCGGCAGCCUCUGCUUCCUUCCAGAGAACCGAAAAUCCUGGCUUCACAAAGUGACAGUAUUUUUGUUUGCACUCACUACACACCCCCACGGUGUAGAAACCUCCGCAGAUUCAAACAGACUUUAUUCUUGUACAAUUUUAAUCAGUUCUUACUGUAGAAUCUGGAGUCAAUGCUCUAAUUUUUUUUUUAUAAAUAAUAUAUAUUAUGUAUAUGAAAUGUAUAUCUAUAGUAUGUCUGGAGAGACAGGACUGCACACUAAAAUGGAUAAAAGUGGUUUGUAGAAAAUCGUAAGGUACUGGACUUUCUUACAAAGCAGCUCGGGCGAUCUCUCAGAACACAAGCAGAUGAAAGAGAUGGUCUUGCCUGAGAAUGAGGUUGCAAAUCCCUCUUUGCAGCAAAGGUUACAGAAGGCCGUUCUUUAUAACCAAAGAACUUACCUGAGACUGAAUGUUUUUUGCUGUCCACUCUUGUUUUGUGUGUACAUACGUGUUUGACUGCAAGUUCGGUGCCAUAUGCCCUGUGGCUCCCAGGCCACGUGCUGCCGUUCUCUGUCGCGUUUCCCAAGCACACUGAAAAAUCUCACAGCUCCGUUCUUUGGUCUUCCACCUGGCCCGCCGCCUGCUGACUUGACGCGGUUCGGGAACCCUUGACAGCGACUGGGGCUCUGAUCCCCGCCUUUCCUGUCCCUCGGUCCAGCCCAGCCAGGCAGGCAGGAUGCAGAGAGCAGUAUUACUCUAAGAAAACACAGGGAAAAACCAAGAGUGGGGUUGGGAGGGUGGGUGUCGGUUUUCGUCUCUUUGUGGUUUCGUUUGGGGUUGGUAGGUGUUUGUUGUGGUGUGGUUCUGCCGUUGUCUUAUUUCAUUUCUGGAAAACGCUGAAGGGAUGACAGGAGCCGUGAAGUCCGCAGGUGCCCACUUCACAGUGUUCGCAGGAGAUGGUUGAAGACAGAUGACCCUGCUGUGUGUCUUCAUUUGUAGAAUUCUUUUACUGAUGGAGACCCUGAAGAAUUAUGUGUGUGGAAGUUUUUACAAAAGUGCUUUCUGUACCUAUUGUGUAGAUGCUUGUAUAGCUGGUCCAGAUGUAGAGCAAUAAAUGUGUCGUGGGAGCGAGCGAGGGUGUACAGCCUGCUGUACCUUUGCCCUGGAAGUUCAUAGCAUCCGUAAAUGAGUAAGAUAUUGGAGAUUUUAAUGCGAAGCUGCUGUUCAUGAUUUUUGUGUAUAGUGAGCUGACUGUAGUAUUUUACUAUUGACUGUUUAAAAAGAGAAAGACUGUAAUUUAUAUCCCCUUUCAACUUUAUUGUAUUUAAUUGGUACAGAUUGUGUGUGCGUGUGUGUGUUUUAGAAUACAGACUGUCUAAUUCCGAUUUUAAAACAUC